UUAAUUUGAGAAAGAGAAAGGGUGCUAGGGCCUAUCACCACUGCGAACAAACGCGUGAGCCACCUUGUGCAUCUUGCUUAUGUGGAUCCUGGGGAAUCGAACCUGGAUCGUGAAGCUUCUCAGUGUGGCUGUUAAAAUUUUGGCAUCUGCCCAGAGGUGAUGAGAAGGUUUUUGCUACUCUAUGCUACACAGCGAGGACAGGCAAAGGCCAUAGCUGAAGAAAUAAGCGAGCAAGCCGCGUCGCAUGGGUUUUCCGCCGAUCUUCACUGUGUCAGUGAGUCAGAUAAGUAUGAUCUGAAGGCAGAAACCGCUCCUCUGGUGGUGGUGGUUUCCACCACGGGCACCGGCGACCCGCCUGACACAGCCCGCAAGUUUGUUAAGGAAAUACAGGACAAGACGCUGCCCGCUGACUUCUUUGCUCACCUGCGCUAUGGAUUGCUGGGCCUGGGCGACUCCGAAUACGCUUACUUCUGCAAUGGGGGGAAAGUAAUUGAUAAACGACUUCAGGAGCUUGGAGCCCAGCAUUUCUAUGACACGGGAUAUGCAGAUGACUGUGUCGGUUUAGAGCUUGUGGUGGAGCCAUGGAUUGCUGGACUCUGGGCUGCUCUCCAGAAGCACUUCAUGUCAAGCAGAGGACAGGAGGAGACAAGCAGGCCUCUCCCAAGGCCACCCAAUGCCCCCUUGGACACAGAUCCCAUGAGGCCUGAGUUACUUCACAUUGAGUCACAAGUUGAGCUGCUGAGAGUAGAUGAACCAGAGAGAAAGGCUUCUGAGUCUUUAGACCAAGACGGAAGAAACGGGAGUCCCUCGAGUGGUUUGAUUGAAGCCUGUGAGCCCUCGCUUGUCCACUCGGUGCCCCCACUCUCAGAAGCCGCGCUGAGUGUUCCUGCUCUGCCCCUGGAGUAUCUGCAGGUACAUCUGCAGGAGCCUCUUGGCCAGGAGGAAAGCCAUGCCCCCGAGGCCUCGGGGGGUCCAGUUUUUCGAGUCCCAAUUUCCAAAGCUGCUCAGCUGACCUCGGAUGAAGCCGUGAAGACCACUCUCCUGCUGGAGCUGGACAUUUCCAAAACAGAGUUUUCCUAUCAGCCUGGAGAUUCAUUUAAUGUGGUCUGUCCAAACAAUGGAUCUGAGGUGGAUGACCUCCUCCGAAGACUGAGGCUCACUGAUCAGCGAGAGCACCGUGUCCUCGUGAAAGUCAAAGCAGACUCGAAGAAGAAAGGAGCCGCCUUGCCCCAGCAUGUUCCUGAGAAGUGUUCUCUCCAGUUCCUUCUUACCUGGUGUCUUGAAAUACGAGCAGUUCCUAAAAAGGCGCUCGUGCGCGCCCUCGCGGCCUGCGCCAGCAGCGCUGCGGAGAAGAGGAGGCUGCAGGAGCUGUGCAGCAAGCAGGGAGCGGCCGACUACAACCGCUUUGUCCGCGACGCCCGCGCCUGCCUCCUGGACCUCCUCCUGGCCUUCCCGUCCUGCCAGCCGCCACUGGGGCUCCUGCUUGAACAUCUUCCUAAACUGCAGCCCAGACCAUAUUCAUGUGCAAGCUCAAGUUUACUUCAUCCGGGCAAGCUUCAUUUUGUUUUUAACGUUGUGGAGUUUGCGUCUCACUCAGCAGAGGUUUGGCGGAAAGGCGUGUGCACAGGCUGGCUGGCCACGUUGGCGGCUCACUUUCUUCAACCAGGCAUGCCAGCGUCCUCACCCGCAGGCAGCGGAGGAGCCCCAGCUCCUCAGAUCUCCAUCUCUCCUCGAGCACCGAGCUCCUUCCACUUGCCGGCUGACCCCUCCGCUCCUGUCAUAAUGGUGGGUCCGGGCACCGGCAUAGCUCCCUUCAUUGGCUUUCUCCAGCACAGAGAGAAGCUCCAGGAAGAGCACCCACGUGGACAUUUUGGAGAAAUGUGGCUGUUCUAUGGCUGCAGACAUCAACACAAGGAUUAUUUAUUCAGUGACCAUGUGUUGCAUUGCAGAGAAGAGCUCAGACGUUUUCUCAAGCAUGGGGUGUUGACUCACCUAAAAGUGUCCUUCUCAAGAGACGCCCCCUCAAGCGAGGAGGAGGCCCCAGCAAAGUAUGUGCAGGACAACCUCCAACUUCACAGCCAGCAGGUGGCCAGGAUCCUUCUUCAGGAGAAUGGCUAUGUUUAUGUGUGUGGAGAUGCCAAGAAUAUGGCGAAGGAUGUAAGUGACACACUUGUGGAAAUCGUCAGCAGAGAGACUGGCGUUGACAAACUGGAAGCAAUGAGAACAUUGGCCACCUUGAAAGAAGAGAAACGUUAUCUUCAGGAUAUUUGGUCAUAAAACUGAAAUUUUAAAGAAGAAAGGCUUUCUCUUCCUCACUUAAAAUGUAAUUAAAAGACAAUUUUGCUAAAGCUGA